UCGUCGCCGUUUCAUGAGCGCAUCCCGCUCAAGUCGUCGUGCUCGUGCUUCGGAUGAUACAGAUACGGCCUGCUGCUACCGACACGACCACAGCUGAAACGACGAGCGAGGUGGCUGUCGACCUGCGCGCACCUAAGGGACUUUUCCCGCGGCGCCGCCCCCUGGCGGGAGCGUGGCGCUGGGUGCUGCAGACGACGCCGCUCGAGCCGCUAGAGCGGAGCGCGCAGCAGCCGCGGGGCGAAGCGCAAUGAGUCAGAGCCGCCAGAGCGUCGGCGGCGUCGGUCCAGCCCAGUGUGUCUCCUGCGCCGAGUAUCGGCGGAUGCGCAGCUCGGCGUGAGCCAGACUCGAGUCCCACCGCCGCGGCGCUCGGACGGCAGAAAGCGGUGAUGCAGCGUCGCUGCACUAAGUGAGUGGUGGUGGCAAUGAGCGUGUGAAAGGCGGGAAGCAGUGCUGCUCGGUGUUGCAGCGUCGUCUCCAGGCGAUGUUGUGUUCCGGCGCCCUGUGGCGUGCGCUCUGCGCUUGGCUCUACCUGGGCUUCGCCGCCUCCCCUGUCCGCGCCAAGGAGAUCAACGAGCUCGACUCGAAAGAGACGACGGAGCAACAGUGGCCACUGGGUCCCCCGCGCGAGGUGACCAUCGACACCAUUGCCGAGCACUCGUUCACGUUGCGCUGGAAGCCCCCCCGACCGAACCCCAACAAGCACGUCAAGCUGCAAGGGUACAUGCUCACCUACGCACCGACCGGCAAGGCUGCCUUCGGCGAGGAGAAGGCGCUGAUGCUGCCGGCGGUGAUCCAGUCCAAGCUGGUGACUCGGCUGCGCGAGGGUACCGAGUACGCCGUGGUCCUGUCGGCCGUCUACCCCAACGUGCAGACGGCAGCCGCACCCAAGCUCGCCGUCCGCACCGCACUGCCCGUUGCCGAACUGCCUGUCGGCGACGACUCCUACCUGGACAAUAAGAUCCAGUGCAACUGCAGCGAGGAAGGCAUGGUGGCGUGCACGCGGUCGGCGCUGCAGGACGUGGCGUGCAGCUGUUUCCCGAGCUACGUGGGCCGCUGGUGUGAGUCGUGCGCCAGCGGCUUCUUCCGGGUGGGCAAGCGGUGUGCCGCCUGCCCCUGCAGCAACGCCACCUCUACGGGAGAGUGCGAGGCGGGCACUGGAAGCGAGAGCGUCUCCUGUCGCUCCUGCCUGCCGGGCCACCGGGGUCCCCUGUGCUCGGCCUGCGCGGCGGGCUACCACUGGAAGGGCGAGCGCUGCGAGCCCAUCAGCUGCCUCAGCUUCGCCAUGUGUGCCCGCGAGCCCGACAAUCCGGGCUGCCGGGACUGCCACCUCGUCCAGAACAGCCUGCCACCGGUCGCUCAAAAGAGCUCGGAGAGCGGCCUGACGUCCGGUGCAGUGGCGCUGGUGUCGGUACUGGCGACCCUAUGCUUCCUGCUGGUUGUGGCCGGCGGCGCCACCUGGUACCGGUACCGGCUUAGGCGGCGGUCAAGAGCCGGCCUGCCGUUCUGGAGCAUCGAACUUCGAGAAGACAAACCAGCUCCAGCGGCGGACUACCAGCACCUUGAGGCCGCCUCGAGUAAGCUCGUCGUUCAGGACGAAGAAGCGGCGCGGCUCGAUAAGUGCUCGCCCGUUCCGCCGCAGAGGCCGUGCACGGGAGGGACGCCUGAGCUGUCGCAGUGUCCGAACGGCGGACUGUGCCAGUGAGACACCUUGGACACUCGUGGACACACCGGAUGUGCUUAACCGGACUUCGCGUGGUGAUCUGCUGUCGUUGUUCUCCAUUUCGCAUUAUUAUUGUGCUAUAUCUUUCUUAAAGGUAAAUACUCUUGGGCAUUCUCGGAAAUUUUCUGUGAGCCCUGUAUGGGGGAUAAAAACACGGGUGCCAGCCAACAGAAUAAGGAUCUCAGCGUAAGAAAACUAGAGUGGCAUGAAGGCUUUAGGUCCUAUCAGUCUCAUCUCAUGUAACCCAUUCGAAUGAACCCAAGACCUUCGUCCAGUAAUCUAUCAAGUUUAAUACCAAGUUCGCAAAAUACCUAAUGCAAGUAAGGAGGUAUUUUGAGCGACAGCAUAUGUAACAACUCGCUGAAGGCGAAAAAACACAAAGAAAUUGAACACGUUCACACACGUGGAGGAAGGAAAAACUGUGGAGAGACCCUGACGUCUCUCUCCGUGACCCUCAGUGAUAACGAAAAUUGACCUUACUCCGCCAUCUUGUCGGGGCAGAUUUUCCUCUCUUGAUUACAUUUGUCGCCUACAGCACGCAACCACGCUGGGCUGCGCAGACGUGCGCGCGCGCCGUACUGAUCCGAGCAAUGGAUCGAAUCGUGGUGUACCAUCGCCGAUAUCGUUGCCAAAGUCAUUUCGUGCGCCAUCGUCGAAAGGAGUUCAUCAUGAACUCCGCAAAUUAGACUUUGAGGUCAGUCUCCAGAAACUUUUGCCGCUUUUUCUUAAAAUAAAUCUGUGCAUUCUCAAUGCACUGCAAGAGAGCACAGAUGGUUCCUGUCUGUAGCACAGCGGUUUCAGUCUGUGAUGGCACGUUAGCGUUAAUCCACGGAAGACAGAAAAUAUAUUCCCAGAUCGUCCUUCGUCCGAGGCGUGAUAUAUGGUGUACGGCGUGUCAUGCGCGCUCAUUUCACGCUUUUUACCAUCUAGCCACAACAGCCGGGCGAGCACAGUCUAAAUAACACAGCGGAACAAAACACGGAGACUAACGCAAACCUGCACACACAAAGCCUUUGCCGCGGUACGAGACCUACGGGGCAGUACACGCGAGAGCACACACCACCACAACAAAACCUCCAUUGAGCCUUGACAACAUGACCUCUAACCUCUCCUCAGUUUUUUUUCCCUUCCUCCAUGUUUACACGGUACCGGCAUGGUACUAGAAAGCCCGAUGUGUCCGUGUUUCUCUCGUCUGUUUAAUUUAACUGAAGUUCUCAGUCAUGUAUGAAAUAACAAUCGCACUUAUUACACCGUGAUUCACUGCCACACCACUGAUUGUGGUCGACCGGUAUGCGUUGGAUUCGGCAACUUGUUCUGGUAGUAAAGUGAAGCGGGAAACACGGAUCCAUGGUUUAUGUGCAACGUGUAUCUAUCACGGACGUUAUGGCGCCUCAGUAGCCCUUGAUACAACUGACACCAUCUGUCGCGCCAAAGAAGUGUUCCGGCUUGACUUUCUGAAUGAUAUACAGGUAUGUCGCCUCGUUCUACAUAGUACAAUGGAAGCAAAGAACAAAGUACGUUAUGGAAUUCUCGAGAUCUAUUGCUGCUUACGGAUGCAUUUCUGAUCUGGGGACAUGAUGGUCCUGGUGGUUUUAGGAUGCGGCGUUUGUUGGACGUUGUCGCGAUCUCAUCUCUUAAGAAGCGACAGGGCAUACGCCAGUCUUAGCUCAUCUAGUGUAAGCGCGUCACACGUGCCGAUGGUAAAGUGUUCAUUAACCAUUCAAAAAUGUGAGCUAUAUGAAGGUUUGCGUGGCAAAGAAUGCAACUCAGAAUGAGGAUAAGCAAGAGCCCCUCUGCUCCAAAGUCUUUCCCUGUGAAGUUACGUUGAGCUUCAUCCCAGCAAAAUGUAUAACAAAAAUGGAUAUAUACAUGCAGGGGAUGAGGGGAGUGCCUGCAUGCAAGAGAAUUUGUGAAUGCGUGACAUGUGCGAUGUUCUAUAUUCAGAAGAAUGGAUAAUAUAACGUGUGAGUAUCAGUUGCACUAUACUAUGCAGGCGCUAGCAUGAAACAUUGCACACAUCCACGUUUUCUGAAUAUUACAAUUGUACACUUCAUGCCGUGUGAUUGCCUUUAGCGGCACAAUGUGGGACGCAUGCUCGUCAUGUUUAUUAAUCAAAGUCAAAGGAAGGGCACGUUGUCUGUGACGUUGCGGCCAUCUCAGAGCAGAAGGCGUCAGAAAUCGACGUUGAUGUGUAGGGCGAGCGCCCUGCAAUCUAUAACCACGAAGCGGCGGCUUUCGAACGGUAAAAAAAAAGUGAAAAUUUUCAACAGCUAUUUUGACUGCUCAUCCACGCGAGUCGUUAAGGUAAAGUUACGCGAUCUUUAGCGUCACGGCUUUGCUGUUACUUCUGUGCGUCAUAACUGCCACAAAUUGUCAUCCACCCUAGUUUAGCUUCGCGCUAUUUUCGGGUGAAUGGCAAUUUUUCCCUUUCCUGAACUUUAAUAAUAAUAUUUGGGGUUUUACGUGCCAAAACCACUUUGAUUAUGAGGCACGCCGUAGUGGAGGACUUCGGAAAUUUUGACCACCUGGGGUUCUUUAACGUCCACCUAAAUCUAAGCACACGGGUGUUUUCGCAUUUCGCCCCCAUCGAAAUGCGGCCGCCGUGGCCGGGAUUCGAUCCCGCGACCUCGUGCUUUCCUGAACUUUCCUCCACCUUGCGGGAUUCCGCAGAACUGAUUUGACAAAGACACAAAUCUUUACUCGUUUCAAGUAACUUUAGCAGACCAAUUUCCAACGACCUUUCGAAACUUUCUGGCUAGCUUGGUUUCAGGUUGACCGCAACGACCUCAGAGCAGAGAAUAUGAGGUGAAACAAAUAUAGCAAUAACUUGAUAGCUGACCAGGCAUGUCGCUGUCAUGAAGAGUUAGGCUGUACUAAAUAUACAGUUCAUAUCAGAUACGCGAAAAGAAAUUCACUAUACCUUCACAUGUCACGGGGAACUUAGCAAGCAAAGCGGCUGUCAUAUAUCGGACAUUCUUCUCUAUCCCGUCAACAACCGUGAAGAACGUCACAGAGUCAAUCUGUAAAAGAUUCACCAUGGAAAAAAAAUUAUUAAAGACGUGUAUAGGGAAGGGACUCGUGUGUUGGUCGUCAGCUUGAAGGAGAGUCGUUCAGAUUUAAUUAACCCAGUUAGGACAAUGGCGCCACAGUAAUAAUUGGUUGUAUACGGAGGUGAGUGCGCGCUGCGAAGCUGGCUUACUGUCACGAACUCUUCGCCUUCUCACAGAGAGAUUAUUUUUAAAACAGCCGGGACAUGCGCAAAUCGUAAUAACGAAUUUUACAACGUUCAAGUUCGAGGAGCAAUGACUGUGCCAACGGCACCCGUACUUUCUCUACAGUCCUUUAUUUUAAUGCCUGGAGACCACCUUCAUUUUCGCUGUUGCCCACGUUCACCUCGUGACCCUUCUAUAUCUUCGCAAGAGGCUACAGACUCGAGGUCUGCAGUGAGUUUGGCACCCAGCCAGACUUUAAGAGAAGGGCGGCAUGGAAGGCAAAAUCAUUGUCCUUAAAGUAGUGUGUUACCGUUUGACGCCAAGAUAACGUCAAGAAUCGCGGGUUUCCUACAAACGAGAAUUGAUAGGUGUUGCCUGCCGUGAAACUUGAUUGCCCCCUCCCGUCUGUGAAAGGAAGAGAGAGAGAGAGAGAGAGCAGAAGUAAGCACUACAGGCAAAAGCCAUAGCUGCCGAUUCGGUACGUCAUAAAGCUGCAGCGUUCUACGCUAUCUACUCGAAAAAGAUAUUGUUGCUGGCUGCGGCUAGCUACGCGCUCCGUUAUGACUUGCUAAAACUUUGAAAAAUCCACGGUUUCGCUCGAUGAAUCCAUCUCGUAACAGGCGCGCAGCCCAUGGGGCUUUCAUAAAGCGUAUGCCAGAAAAGGAGAAAAAACGUGGCACGUGAGUGAACAGUCAGUAUUUUUCCCACAUGUGGCCCCGGUACGUUCACGAAACUGCAUUUUUUUGCAGGUUUUAGGCCCUGUCGACAAUAUCAGCUACACGAGCGAGGCCAGCAUUAGAGGCAGUGAGCUGGGAGCAGCCUUAACCCGCCAGCAUUUGUUUCUUAAUGCUCUGUUCAUUUUUUAUCUUUUUUCACAGCGAAGCUGUUCUUGCGAAUAGAUAUGAUGUACGGCGUCCUAUUAAAUUAAAUCCUGGGGUUUUACG